GAAAACCCAUCAGCCGAGCUUCUUCGGUUCAGCUCUCGUCGCCUUUUUGGCCACCAGCCCACGUUCCCCACGUUUCAUGGUUCCUCCCUCGCUGGAGCUCGAGGUCGAGUAAGACACCAAGGUCCAGGAUCGCGCACUGACCCACGAUGGGAUCUGCUUCGCGACUCGCUUCCCUCUUCCUGGUGCUCCUGACCGCUCAAGGUCUAGGCGCACAGAAGGAGCAACAGGAUGACCCAUGCCAGACGAAAGUGAGAGUGGUGGGUGACAUCGAAUACUGCGACCGGUAUUGGGAAUGUGUCAACGGACGUCCCGAAUUAUUCGACUGCCCAAAUGGACUGGUCUUUGCUGGAAAACACCGAGGCGUGACCGAGGGAUGCGAUUACCCCUGGCGAGCCAAUUACUGCGAUGGAAAACGCCAAGCUAAUCCCCCCAUAGGUGCGGAACAUUGCGACUGGUUGUACGGGAUCUUCGGGCACGAGACCUCCUGCACCAGGUACUGGACCUGUUGGAACGGAACCGCAACGGAACAGCUCUGCAUCGGGGGUCUCCUCUACAACGAGAGAGCCAGGUCCUGCGAUUGGCCGGAAAACGUGGAGGGAUGCCAAAAGCACCCUCUGUGCAACGACGACGCGAACGGCAACGUCCCUCUGGGAAAAUCCUGCAACCGAUACUGGCAGUGCCAGGGAGGCUACCCUCGUCUGCAGAGAUGUCCCGCCAUGUUGGUAUUCGACAGGAGAUCUUUGAGAUGCGUGGUGCCACCGACGGAGGACUGCGACGUGCCCACAACCCCGCCAAACCUUGACGGGGACCUUCCAGACGGAAGAAACGAGCAGGAGCCCGAAGAGGAGAACCUGCCACCAGGAGUGCCUCCCCUGCCAUCAGGGGCGGUGCCGAUUCCCCUAAGAGCGAGGGCUAGAAAUUAAAAGACCUUUAUUAUACUCAAUCUCGAGUUAAUCCCAAUCCCCGAGAGUCCUCGAGUUCAGGAAGAGCCAAGUCGAACGAGUCCUGCAAACCAGGAUCCAGGUGGACCUGCCGCGAGAGACGUCCUGCGCACUCCUCUUGGCGUGCCCGAUGACAUCUCGUCUCUACUUAAUUAUUAAUAUUAUUUUAUAUUAUUUUAUAGAAUAUUAUCGUUUGACGACCCGCUCUCCGGAACCUCGCACCUCCCCGA